AUGUCGGACAAGGAGAAGGAAGAGGAAGUAGUAUUGAAACCCAUCCCAAGGUCACCACCUCUCUUUUCUCAACAGCUGAGAAAGAAGGCGGAUGAUGCAAAAUUCAGCAAGUUCCUAGCAAUGAUCAAGCAAUUGACUAUAAAUAAAAAGUCAGACCCAGGUGCAGUUACUAUUCCCUGCAUAAUUGGAACCAUGGAAUUCACUAAAGCACUAUGCGAUCUGGGGGCAAGUGUUAACUUGAUGCCGUUGACUAUUUAUAAAAAGUUGGGCCAGUGGAAUCCCACACCUACUAAUAUCAGACUGGUGAUGGCUGACAGAUCCGUAAAGCGACCUGUUGGCAUUCUCUAUGAUGCGUUGGUAAAGGUCUCAAAUUUUAUAUUCCCUGUAGACUUCAUCAUUCUAGACUGCGAGGUGGACUUUGAGGUGCCUAUAAUCUUGGGUCAACCUUUCCUCGCAAUUGGAAGUGUGUUUAUCGAUUUGAGAGUGAAUGAACUCUUAUUCAAGGUAAAUGAUAUAGAGGUACAGUUUGAUGUGGGCAAUCAAUGA